AAUCACCUUCUUUUCAGCUGAUUGCAGUUUUCUACUGGCCAACGCCCAGAUCGUCGACUUUCCAAUCGUGUAUUGCUCUGAAUCGUUUUGCAAAAUAUCCGGUUAUAAUCGUGCCGAGGUGAUGCAGAAGUCUUGCCGCUGUGCAUUCAUGUAUGGUGAACAUACGGACAGACAAAGCACCGCAAAAAUUGAUCACAGCCUUGAAAAUCACAAUCAGAUGCAAGUGGAAAUUCUUUUGUACAAAAAGAACAGAUCUCCACUAUGGCUACUGUUACAUGUAGCACCCAUCAAGAACGAGAAAGAUGUAGUAGUGUUAUUUCUCCUCACGUUCCGAGACAUCACAGCCUUGAAGCAGCCCUUAGAGGACGAUGCAUCUAAAGGGCUGAGCAAGUUCGCACGACUAGCGAGGUCUGUGACGAGAAGUCGAUCCGUUCUUGUUCAACAGUUUUCGAUGCAUCUGCCGACAAUAAAGUCGGAAAACACGAAGCAGUCACAGAUCGCGCAUAUGAUAAGUUUGAACUCUGAAGUUCUCCCCCAAUACCGUCAAGAAGCCCCCAAAACUCCUCCACAUAUUUUGCUUCACUAUUGUGCUUUUAAAGCUAUUUGGGACUGGGUGAUAUUGUGUUUGACAUUCUACACGGCCAUUAUGGUGCCGUAUAAUGUGGCCUUCAAAAACAAGACAUCUGAGGACGUUUCUCUUCUCGUCUUGGAUAGUAUAGUGGACGUCAUCUUUUUCAUCGACAUUGUGCUCAACUUUCACACCACUUUUGUAGGACCCGGAGGCGAGGUAGUCUCCGAUCCAAAAAUCAUUCGUAUGAACUAUCUUAAGAGCUGGUUUAUUAUAGAUUUGUUGUCCUGCUUACCUUACGAUGUUUUCAACGCAUUUGAUCACGAAGAAGAUCAAGGCAUCGGGAGCCUGUUCAGCGCCUUGAAGGUGGUCCGGUUACUGCGUUUGGGUCGCGUCGUCCGAAAGCUUGACCGCUAUUUGGAAUAUGGAGCUGCCAUGCUUAUUCUCUUGCUCUGCUUCUACAUGCUGGUUGCCCACUGGCUGGCGUGUAUCUUCUACAGCAUUGGACGCAGCGACGCCGAAAAUGGGGUCUCCUACAGCUGGUUGUGGAAAUUGGGAAAUGUGACACAACAACAGUUCAACUUCAGUCGAGUAACAAACAAGGACACUGUGAAAUACGAGUUAAUAGGAGGGCCACCAAGAGGAACUAUGUACAUCACAGCUCUGUACUUUACAAUGACAUGCAUGACAUCAGUUGGCUUCGGCAACGUCGCAGCCGAGACCGACAAUGAGAAAGUGUUCACCAUUUGCAUGAUGAUCAUUGGAGCCUUACUAUAUGCCACUAUUUUCGGUCAUGUGACUACCAUCAUCCAACAAAUGACUUCGGCAACUGCGAGAUACCAUGAGAUGUUAAAUAACGUUCGAGAAUUCAUGAAACUGCAUGAAGUUCCAAAAGCCCUAAGUGAGCGUGUCAUGGAUUACGUUGUAUCAACUUGGGCCAUGACAAAAGGCAUUGAUACAAGCAAAGUGUUGAGCUACUGUCCCAAAGACAUGACCGCUGACAUAUGUGUACAUUUAAAUAGAAAAGUAUUCAACGAACACCCUGCGUUUCGUUUGGCAAGUGACGGUUGUCUUCGAGCUCUUGCAAUGUAUUUCACAAUGGAACACAGUGCUCCAGGUGAUUUAUUAUACCACACAGGAGAAAGUAUUGACACAUUGUGCUUUGUAGUAACAGGUUCUCUUGAGGUCAUCCAAGACGACGAAGUUGUUGCUAUUUUAGGCAAAGGUGAUGUGUUUGGUGAUGCCUUUUGGAAAGAGCCUACAAUUGGCCAGUCAUGUGCCAACGUUCGUGGUCUAACUUACUGUGAUUUGCAUUCUAUAAAGAGGGAUAAGCUCCUGGAAGUGCUAAACUUUUACCAUGCCUUUGCUAACUCAUUCGCUCGUAACCUACUUCUUACUUAUAACCUAAGGCAUAGACUUAUCUUCAGAAAAGUGUCUGAUGUGAAGCGAGAACGAGAGUUAGCAGAAAGACGCAAAAACGAGCCCUUGCAAGAGUUGUCUCAAGACCAUUUAGUACGUAAAAUCUUCUCAAAGUUCCGACGCAACGGAUCUCAUGAGAAGAGCAGUGACGUAGAAAAAGGACUGAACAUUGAGACAAUCGAUUCUCGAAAUAACUCAAGGCUUGCACAAGUGAGUGAAAGUGGAGGCAUAAAGUGCUCUACUAAAUGGACUGUGACUAGAGAUCCAGGAGAUGAUAAAGAAAACGCUCCAUCGGAAAAUGUGCCACAAGUAAAUAAGAAAGACGUCCAAAGGACUGUUAAUCGUUCUUUCUCCAGAUGGUCUCGGGUUCUUGCCAAAGAACCAACUAUCGAAGAAGAAUCUUCACCCCGUUCGGAAGAUGAAACUUCAGUCGAAUAUCAAAAAAUCCUUGCCAAUUUAGUCGACUUACGUGUAGAUUUAAAACUAGAAAUGCAAAGACUAAAUUCAAAAAUCUGUCAUGUUGAUGAGCAGAUCGGACAAUUGCUUCGUCUGGUGAGGCCUCGAAAUGAGAAAGUAACACAUCCGGUGCUAGUUCUACGAGCGCCAGAAAUUCAGAGGAGCCAAUCCUUGUCUAGGAAAGACUCGUUACCAAAACGAAAGUCAAAGGAGGUUGAAGCAGUUCGAGCAGCCACGCUCGAUGACGACAUUCAAGACAGAGAUAUGUUUUCCAAUUCAGAAAAAAAUAAGCAGCAAUAAUUGAGAUAUCUGUAUGAUCUUUGAUAUCUCACUGUUUGAUAAAAAAAUUUUAGCAAUCAACCAUCCGAAUGAAGUCAGUCUUCCGGUUCCGAAGUUCCUCCUGAUAGUCCGAGUAGAUCUAUUUUAAAACGGAGUUCUGCAGAACGGUAUUUAAAAGAAAAUUUUAAAUAAAUAAUUUGUUUAUCUUUUUAGGAGAUAAUGCUAAGUAUUUUGUAGUUCAGAGAAAAAUUAGAUACGAUGAAAUAUUUUUAGUUUCUUUUACCUUCCUUCCUUAUAAUCACAGAUUUGUAAAGCAAAAGUAAAUGGUUAUAUGAAAUGCUUUACUAUUAUUUUAAUAAAAAGAUUAUAAGGUAAGAGAUGUAUAUCAAAAACGUAAUCAUUUUCUGAAAUACUCAUUUCGCAAUUGAUUGACUAUGCUUAUCCUAUUUCAGGGAAUUAAUAUGCUUUACUUUUUCAAAUGUCAAAGCUCAGGUUAUUUUUUCUUGCGACAGGAUAAAACUAAACUUGCGCUGGUUUAAUAUAUUUUAUUAAGUGGAAGAGAUAACGAAAUAUUUUGUAUGAAAUUUCAGAUCACUCCUGCGACAAAUACAUAAAUUGCGUAUGAAGCAGCUACGAAAAUGUAAAUAAUGUGGUAGUUUGUUAAAGUUCAUAUAUUUACAAAUGAGCUUCAUUUAGCAUACAGAAAUAUUUGAAAGGAAAUAAUUUUAUACUUCAUAUUGAAAGGAAAUUGUUUUUUUUUUUUUCUGAAUGAAACUUUUAGCUACGCUGAUUUAUUAACUCAUUUUAUACUGCAUAAGAAAGAAUAUACACGAAGAGAGUGAAAUGUUUUGAUACUUGAUUGUAGAUUAAAUGAUGUAAAAGAUUCUUUUAAAAAGACCAAUGCAAUAAUACUAUUUUUACGUAAUAUUUUAUUACCAAUUUGCUAAAAUUUUUAUCCUGACAUGCCGCUAUGUGUAUUGUAUUUCCCACUAGUUUUUGAAGAGGAAACUAUAGAUUACUUUUUAACUUAUUUUUCGAAUUUAAAGUAUGUGCGUCUCAUUUUAAAUAAUCUUCAAUAUUUUAACUUCUGAUGUUUUGUCACUAAACGAAAUAAUGAUGGUGUAUUUACUAAAUGAUAAAAAAUUGGAUUUUCGUUAACAAUAAAUCUUUUAAUGAAGAGUGCUCUAACCGUUCUGCAGUUCUCAGUUGAACUUUUAUUUAAAUAGCGUUGAGUAGCAAGUUUGUUGCACUUAGACAUCUCAAUAGCAGUAGUUUGUUUUCGCAGUCAUAUUUUUGCACACCUUGAGCAAACUAUUAGAGACCAACUGUACCUUCGGUCACUGGGACUGAAAUCAUUUUCCAGCCUUCUGUAAGAAUACAAAUAGUUUAUUUUGUAUGCUUUUAGUGGUUAUUGUAGAAUGUUGAUUUUGCAAUGCUAUGGAAAGUUGACAACGUAAUGAUAUUUUUAUUAUGAACGAAGCAUCUUGGUCAAUUGUACAGACUGUUCAUAGACACCACUACCUAUAAGAUGCACUAUUUUGAAUUAUUAGGCUCCAGUAUGAAUUUUACUGCGCAUUUUAUAUUAAAGAUUAAAGAAGAAAGUA